AUGUCGACUUCAAAACCAUCUACAUUCUUCUUCUUCGUGGUGAUAUUAUCAAGUGCACAUGGAUUCAACAUCACCGAGAUCCUUCAACCGCUCCCACAUUUCAGCAUUUUUAAUUCACUUUUGGGUGGUACAGGGUUGACGGAAGUGAUCAACGACAUGAUAUCCGUGACGGUGCUUGUGGUGGCCGACGAUCAGUUACGGUCCUUCAAUUACUUAGCGGAGGAUGAAGUGAGGAAAAUCUUGAGCUUCCUUGUGGUGUAUGGUUAUUAUGAUCAGACGAGGCUCAAAGCCUUGACGGCCAGGACGAUCCUCCCCACGGUUUACCAAGGAUCUACCUUGACUGCUAACUACGACGGAAAUGGUGCGGUUAGCUUUAGAGCGGCCGAUUCAGGUCCCGAAAUGGAUGUCAAGUUGCUCGACACUGUUGAAGAUAAGCCCCAUAGCAUUUCGGUUUUACAGAUUGCUAGUACCAUAAGGCUUGGCUCCGUAUGCUGCUCCGAAAGCUUCCUCUCCUAG